CAACAACGUUAAUAAUCAUAUCACGUACAGGAAGAAUUCAAGAAUUCAAGAAUGUUAAUAUAAAAACAAAAAUUCUUUAUUCAUUUUAAUCGUAAUGAUCCUGAUGAUGAUGAUGAUGAUGAUGUGACAAUUUUUGGCUUGUAAUGUGAAUUUGUUUUGUUUAUUUUUUUUGAAUCAAAUUCUUUUUCCUAAUAAGAAGAAAAUCUUGUAUCUUCUUGAAUCAUUGUAUCAUCAUUGAAUCAAAUGGCUAAUAUUACAUCACCAAGAUCAACAACAACACCAAGAGCGCCACCACGUUUUCAUCGAUCUGGUAUCGGUAAAAAUAGUCAUCAAUCAUUGUCAUCACCACGUUUUUCGAAUUCAUUUCGAAAUGUGCCAUCAUCACGAUCAAUGUUUGUUGUGGAUCCAAAAACAUUGGCCACACGUUUAUUGGUUAAACCAAAUUUUGAUGAUGUACUUGAAGGCACCAAUACACGAUUAGUACGAUUAUUUGUAUGGCUCAAACGGCUAAGUGAAAGUUGGUUUACACAUGUAUUACUUUUGAUUGCAUUGAUUCUUUAUGCAUGUCUUGGUGGUGCCAUUUUUUCAACGAUUGAAGGAAAUCAUGAAAAAGAACAGAAUGCAAUUAUUCGACAAUUAUAUGAACCAAUUGAUCAAAUGACUGAUAAAAUAAUUGAUGAAUUAUGGCGUUAUCGACAAAAUUUUCCAUUACCAAAUGAUCAUGAUGAUGAUGAUGGUGAUAAUGAACAUUAUAAUGACCAAUAUGUACCAAUUAUUGAUCAAUAUUGGUAUCUAAAAGUUGAAGAUGAAUUGGAUCGUUUUGAUUGGAUUGUACGUGAACAAUGUUCAAAACGUUUAAAUUAUUCAAUCGAACGUUUUGGUGAAACCGAUCGUUGGGAUUUUAUUGGUUCAGUAUUUUUUAGUAUGACUGUAUUUACAACAAUCGGCUAUGGUGAUAGUCCACCAGUGACAACAUUGGGUAAAACAGCCACGAUGAUAUAUUCAUUUUUUGGCAUUCCACUAUUAUUGAUUGUAUUGGCCGAUUUUGGUAGAAUAUUCACGAAAAUAAUCAAAUAUCUAAUAAUGUCUUGUCGUCGUAUCUAUUAUGAUCGUUCAUUAAGAUCUGUACGACAUAUGGGACGUAAAGCAACACGUUCAACAAAAUUUCAACAAGCAAUAAUGGAUACAUUGAAUAAAAUUCAACGACAGCCACCAUUUUUUAUUGAUUCAAAUACAGGACGUGUUACAAUGUUACCACCACCAGAAAUAUCACAACCAAAUCUGCAAUCAACAACAAAUCCAAUGAUGGCAUCAUCAUCAUCAUCAUCAUCGGUAUUAUAUCGACAAAAUCCAAUCCCAAUGGUAACCAUUUCGCCAUCAUCACCAACGUCACCAUCAACUAUGAUGACACCGGAAACACCAAUGCCAACAAUGUUAGAUUUCGAUGAAAUGGAUGAUGAAUUCAAUCUGCCUAUAUCGUUGGCAUUAGCCAUACUUAUGUUAUAUUUAUUUCUUGGUGCAAUACUUUUUUGGGCAUUCGAAAAUUGGACAUUAUUUCAAGCAUUCUAUUUUGUAUUCAUUUCAAUGUCAACAAUCGGUUUCGGUGAUUUUGUUCCCACACAAUUCAAUGUAUUGCUAUAUGCAUUCAUCUAUUUUCUAUUUGGUCUUGCAUUAACAUCAAUGUGUAUCAACGUUAUUCAAGAAAAAUUAUCAUCAACAUUUGAAAAGGCUAGAGUUACAAUCGGUGAAUCGAUUGGCUUGGAUCCUUCAACUCCAAUUACGAUUGUAAAUCCGAAUUUAAAUCCAUUAUCACAAGAAACAACAGCUGCUGCUGCGGCUACAUCAUCAUCAUCAAAAUCAAGCUCAAGACAAAGUUCACCAGAAAAACCACCGGCAUCUACUACUAAGACAUCAUCAUCAUCAUCAUUGAAACCAUGAAAUUUCAAACACACACACACAAUUAUUUUGUUCUUUUUUCUUUUUUUUUAAUUUCACAUAUAUAGUUUUAAUCUGUUGCUGAUUGAUUAUUUGCUGUAUCGAUACGAAUUAUACGAAUUGAAUCACCUUCAA